AACUUUUCCAUGAUAUUUAAAUUUUGUUUAGAUGCACCUGUAGUCAGAGAUUUUAUAGGCAUAUCAUCAGGUGUAUGAUUAAACAACUAUAACGAACAGGUGCUAAUGAUCAUAACUUUAAUAUGUCACAGCAUUUAAGACAAUCGCAGAUGUAAAUUUAAAGGUUUACAAGUAGGACAAGACAUUUAAAUCCUCUGUAAUUCAAUUAAUUUAUGAGGUGUAGCCUCACAUGGUCUUCUGCAGCUGCUGUCUGUGUUGGGAAAUGACGUGGAUGAGAGAGAUGAAGAACAAUUAAACAGUCUGGAUGAGUUGAUCCAACCUGAGAGAUUAAAGCAGGUUCAUUUCAUCUACCUGUAAUUUCCACAGGAUUUGAAGCUGCUUCCUCCGUGCAGCUGGACUGAUGUGAAGCAUUUUGAAGGACAAGAUGACUGGACCUGUGAUGACGUCACCUGAGCUUCAUACUAACUUAACAGUUGGAGACAAACAAACUGGCUGACCGAGGCAGCGGUGGACCAGCAACUCCUGUGUUCUGAGCUUGCAUGGAACCAGAUGGGCUGAGCGCUGUUGUGAGCAGACAGGUUGCAUUUCAGGACAGACAGUCGCCGCUCCGCUCCGCUCCGCAGCGCCCCGCUCCGGCCUGCCACUGCACUGCGAAGAGAAGCUGUGUCAACCCGGUGAGCGACCGCCGCUGAAGAGACAACACCGCUGUCUGCACUCAGCCUGACCUGCGACCGGCAAUGGACUACAUGAACAACGCCUCCAACAGCUACAGUUCAGGAGACACCAUGAGCUCCUCCUUAGCCAACAUGACCAUCAGCGACCAGCACCACCAGGAGAACGGAGUCCAGAUGGGACACAGAGGCCCCGGGGACGCCAAAAUGAAAGCAGAGACGUCUGCAGAGAAAGGAGGUGUUGAAGCCGAGCUCUCAAAAAUAGACAGCGCCUCAUGUGAAGACGAGGGGCAGCUUGGAGGAGCAGCUUCAACAGCAAAGCCUGGUUCUGGAGUCCUCUGUGAGUUUGCGUUUGAUGGAUCAAAGCCUGCUGUAGACGGAGGUGCUGGGGAGCGUGUUGACUUCAUGGGAGCUUCCUGCUCCCUGGACCCAGGAAAUGAGGGAGAGUGUGGGAAGAGGCUAAGUGACUCUUUGUGGGCCUCUGAGGACCUCAGCUGUGGGUCAGAGAUUAGACGGGACGUACCUACCAGCAGGGGGAGCCCUGAGUGGACUGGAGCUGCGGAUGCUCAGAGGGCGAUCAGCCUGGACGCCGCCGAGUGCCUGACUGAAAUGAGCAAUCUGUCUUUAGUUCGCAGCAUGGCGUUGGAAGACCUGACAUCCAUCGGAGAUCAACACUUGUGGGUUAGUGAAGGAGAGGAGCUCGUCGCUGAACAAACAAAAGAUGGAGUGGCUGCCGAUGGAGCAGCUUUAAAGUCCUGCAGUGACUCUGAAAGCAAAAAUAUAAACCCAGAAAAACAACAGCUGCUACACACCCAAAGUCUGUCACACUCUGGCUUUGAUUCUCAUUCAGAAGAUCCUCAUCCCAAACACAUCAGUAGGAACAUUUCCGAGAAGGAUAGGCUUUUUACUGAAAUGCCAUCUGGCACAGCGACUGAAAACAGCAGCAGUGACUCAUCCUCACAUAGGGCCAGCUAUUCAAGGCCCGAAAUGACUGACUCAGACAUGAGGGGCAAUGUGGCUCAGACCACCGGUACCGCCGAGCUCCAGAAAACACCCCCCCAAAGCUCUCCAGCCAGAAAGUCUUUGGUGCCGGUCGCUAUUUUCAAAGCUCAUGCAAAGAUGGAUAACGGCUCUGCAGAUAAGACUCAAACUGCCACCAAACCAACCUCUUCCCUUAAAAGACCAUCCACCAAAUCACACGCGUCCUCCCGAAACGGCCCCAGCUCCAUCCCCGUUAAAACCAGCAGCACAGGGCCCAGGCAGCCCGGAAGUCUUGGUGGUGCAAAGUCUCAAACCCCCGGAGCCAAAACUUCUGCCAGAACUUCAGCUCAACCAGCUAGUGCCAAGAAACCUCCCACUCCAAAAAAUGGAAAAGAUGCCCAGAGUGGACAUAGCAGUCCUGGUACUCCAAAAUCUCCCACUAGCCAAGCCCUCGCUGCCAAGGCGGCGGCCGAGGCCAACAAAGUGAAGAAGGUGGCGGUGGUGCGUUCUACGCCCAAAUCACCGGGCUCGCUGAAGAGCCGCCCACCGGCUCCGCUGGCUGCAGCAGCGCCCAUGCCAGACCUGAAGAACGUCAGGUCCAAGAUCGGCUCCACAGAAAACAUCAAACACCAGCCUGGAGGUGGAAAGGUACAAAUCCUUGAUCAGAAGUUGGAUUUUAGUAAUGUCCAGUCUAAGUGUGGCUCCAAAGACAAUAUCAAACAUGUACCCGGUGGCGGCAAUGUCCAAAUCCUCGAUAAGAAGCUGGACUUGGCCAACGUCCAAGCCCGUUGUGGUUCUAAAGACAACAUAAAGCACACGCCCGGUGGAGGCAAGGUUCAAAUUGUGCACAAAAAGAUUGAUCUGAGCAACGUUCAAUCUAAAUGUGGAUCGAAAGUCAACAUUCAUCAUAAACCAGGUGGUGGAAAUAUUGAGAUCAAAAAUGAGAAGCUGGAGUUCAAAGUCCAGUCCAAGAUCGGCUCUCUGGACAACAUUGGCCACGUUCCCGGAGGUGGACAGAGAAAGAGGGAGAAGGGGAAGGAUGCAGAGGGGAGUACCUCAGACAGUCCCUCAAUCCCCUCCCCCGCUGUCUCCCCCCCUCAGUCACCUCAGACUGUCCCUUCAGCACCCAUCACACCCAUCUUGACGAACCCCCUCAUAAAGAUUGAGGACUCCUAUUGAGAGCCACAAACUGAACUUCCGUGAGUCAGCCAAGGCCCGCACUGACCACGGCGCCGAGAUCGUCUCUUUGGAAGACUCCCCCCGCCAGCUCAGCACCGUGUCCUCCUCCGGCAGCAUCAACAUGGCCGACUCUCCGCAGCUGUCCACGCUGGCCGACCAGGUGUCUGCUUCUCUGGCUCAACAAGGCUUGUGAAUGCACCCGCCUCGCUCCCCCCUCUCUUCUCCACCUCCACCUCACGACCACGUAGAGGAGUUGUGAUGCCUUCCUCGUUAUUUUCACAGGACUUUUUAAGCUACCCAUCACUGUUUAUCCUUCACUAACCUUUUAAACUGUUCUUAAGGCAUUACUUGUAGAGGUCUUGAGAAAAAAACACAGAUUAACGAGUAGGCCAAAAUGUAUUUUAAUUUCUCUCGGUGGUCUUUGAUCUCUUUAUUUGCUAUUUCUACCUUUUGUAAGUCUCCCUUUAAGAGUUAAAGCACCCCAGAAGAGCAAAACUCUCCCUGUGAAGCUGAGGAAUUCAUAUAUCUUCAUGCAUAUCCUGGUAAAUCUGACAUCAUUUAACACUUGGUUUCCUGUCGCAUUGACUGUAAACCCUUUUAGAAAAGUAUGUUUUUAAUGUCCCCUUUGAUGGGUUUUAUUUUUGGGGAAAAUGGAAGGAGAUGCAGACUGUUAGGGUUCAUUUUGUGCUAAAGCCGAAGGAACCGUUGCAGGGUACAGCGAGGAACGUGGGAGGAAAACUGUUAAAAGAAAAGUAGCAAAUGUUUCGUCAAGGAAGAAAAAAUGCUUUCAGACCUCACUGCUGUCUUUGCUUUGUGUAGUCCCGACAUGUGCUGCUCCUCGAGCUACUGUAGGCGACAGGGGCGUAACCUGGAUUUAAAAAAAAUACAGAACGGCUAGAGUAGAAACUUUGGUUUGUGUUGGGCACAGUUUUAUAAUCGUAUUCUGUGGAUAUAUGACAUGUAUUUGAUAUGAAGAAACAUUUGUAUUGUGCCUGCUACUGUCAGUGUUAUUUUUUUUUUUUGUUACUGCUCUAUUGUAAAGCUUGACAUACGAGGAGGACAAAUUAACCUCAAGGCAUUUAAAGUGUAACUUUCAUGGCCAAAUUAUGAAGCGGGAAGGUGAGUUUAUCAGUUCAGCUCAUUGAUUACAGUAUUUAAACUGCUAUAUGCACAUAAUAGGUACGUAGGAUAAUGUUCAUUGCAAUUAUUGAAAAAUAUAACAACCCUUAAAGCGAGACUAUGUAACUUCUACUAAAGAAGAUAAUGCUAAAUUAUUUAUGGCUAUAGCUACGAAACAGUAGCACAAGUGUAAUCUGACUCAGUAAUUGUAUAUUUACAUUAGCUCAGCAUAAGAUACGGCCAAGUGAGGCUGUAGCAGCAAAAACGCCUCACUAUGCAAGACUGCAUUUUACUGCCUUUUGAAUUCGACUUCAUUUGUAAGAAAAAGAUUGUGUUGUCUCCUCUCUCAGACGUUACAUAGUCUCA